GCACAUGCGUCUGCGCACGAUUUUCGACAACUUCCCGCGCGGUAUAAAAACUGACAUGUCGUCUUCUUCAACCACAGUGCGGGUUGCUUCAUCGUACCGUACAUACAUCCACCGACCGGGAUAGACAAAAAAACUACUAUGAAAUUGUUGAUUCUUACCGCGUUAGUGGCGGUAUGUGGGGCGGCCAACCUGAACAGGGGCUACCUGCCUCCGUCAUCCGCUGACACUGCUGGGGGCAGCCCCGGAGCCCUCCAGACCCCCUUCAACCAGGAAUCCAACCAAGGAAACCAGGUCAACCAAGGAAACCAAGCCACUCAGUACAACCAAGGAAACCAGGGCAACCAAGCAGUCCAGGGUGCCCCAAGUGGAGCUUACAACAAUGAGUUCCAAGGAGUCGUGGUAGACGCCGACCCAGGGACCAGGACUAAUGAGUUCGAGACUGGAUUGGGUGCUCCCAGGCCCUCGUAUGGAUCCCAGAACUCUAAAGUUGGAGAGGCAGCGUUUACUGCCCCCGUCCAACAGAGAUUCAGCCAACCCCAGCAACAGCAAUUUGUACCUCAACAACAACAGUUCGUACCUCAACAACAGCAGACGUUCGUACCACAGCAACAGCAGAACUUUGUUUCUCAGCCACAGCAGAACUUUGUACCCCAGCAACAGUCAUUCGUUCCUCAGCAGCAGCAGUCGUUUGCUCCCCAACAAUCUUUCAAUCAACAGCAGCAGUCCUUCGCUCCUCAACAAACUUUCAUUCCUCAACAAACCUUUGUACCUCAGCCAUCAGUGGCUCCCCAACAGAUCCAAGUGAGGCCGAACGCAGAACAGGACAGACGCGCAAACAUAGUCAGAUACGAAAACGAAAUUGAAGCCGAGAAGUACCGAUACUCUUUCCAAACUGACAACGGAAUCACUGCUGAGCAGACAGGAAACACGGUGAAUGGAAACCAAGCUCAAGGAGCAUUCGGGUACAUCGGUGAUGAUGGUGAGAACUACGAAGUGACUUACACAGCUGAUGAGAGAGGAUUCAUUCCUCAGGGCAAGCACUUGCCCACCUCUCCUCCUAUUCCUGACAUCAUAUUGAAAUCUAUUGAGCAGAAUGCCCGCGACGAAGCCGCCGGUAUCCGAGAUGAUGGCUCGUACGACGCGCAGCGAUACAAUGCGGGAAGCGAGUACAAUGCGAGACCGAACGUAGGAUCCGUGAACGCACAGUCGAGCAGCUCGUCUUCAUCUUCUUCACAGAACAAUGCCAGACCGCAACAGAUCAUCCAAGAGCCAAUUAACAAUGAAUUCGCUCAACAGCAGUCGUUCAACAACUUCGGACAACAGCAAGUUGCUCAGCCAUCCAGACCACAGAGCUACUUGCCUCCUGUAGAACAGUAUAACCAAGUCCGUCCGGCCCAGCCAACUCAACAAAUUACCACAAUUCCUCUCUCAACUGCUCAACCAUCGGCAGCUCCAUUGGAAAUCAACAUCAUCAAUAGGUACACAAACAGAGAGGCGGAAGUUGAACCUGCAAGUCAACAGGUUGAGCCGAUCCAGGCUUUCAACGUACAAGAGCCCGUGCAACAAGUUGUUCAACCCACUGUCCUGCCCACCAUUCAAUACUACAACCGCCCGCAACAGCAAUCUGUGAACCAAGUUAGCCAGAACAGACCGGCCGUGCAGAACAACUUUGUUGCUCAACGCCCAGCCAACAACCAAGUCCAUUCCUACAACUACAACAGGCCUCAGCAAUCUUUCCCGGCGCAAAACUUCCAGAGUCCUCAAGGGCAAGUUCAGUACCCCCGCCCUGCGGCCGCGGCACCCACCAUCAUCCCCGUGCAACAGACCGCAGUACCUCAGGUCCAGAACCAACAAAACAAUGGAGUAACUCAGGCCGCCGCCUCUCAGUUUUCUGCCCCUGCCCAGUCGACGCAAUUCAACGUCCGACCUCAAGUGCAACAAGCCCCUCAGCAGUUCCAAGCCCCCUCCAGGCCCGUCGUCCAGCAGCAAAUUCAUGAACAACCUCAAAUCAACUUCUCCCGACCAGCUGUGCCGAACCAAUUCGAACAGAACCGAUUCCAGAACUUCGGUCAGCGACAGCAAGUGAAUCAGCAGUUCCAAGCCCAGCCCACGCAGGAGCCAGCGGGCCAGCAGUACAAUGGGGAAAUCUACGAAUACAACAAGCCAGCUCCGGUGCUGUCCACCCCCGAGCCUCAGAUCUCCGAGCCCGCCCCUACCCAGGUCCCAGUCCAGAACCAGUUCUCGGCCAGGCCUCAGAACAGCCAGCAGUUUGGACAGGCUCCCCAGUUCGGGCAACAGCAGCAAAGCUUCGUGACCCAGCCGCAGGUCAACAACCAGUUUGCCCAACAAGAGGAAAGCCAAAACCAGAACCAAAAUGGAGCACAGAACUUCGGUAAUCAGUUCCAGGGAGCCCAACAGGCCUCGAGCCCCCUCGCCAGCCAAAACUACAAUGAGAACUUCGGAGGAGCGCGGCAACCACCCAGCUUUAACGAAAACACCGGAUACCAAUACUAGGAUAGGACCCUAGUGCCAUAGACUAAGCUAUAAACCUAAUUUUAGUAUGUAAUUUAUUUAAGUAUAGUAUGAUAUGAAAUUAUGUAUGUGAUACAGUACAAAAUAUAAUUAUUAGAUGUAGUUUAUGAAUGAAUAUUAUCGUCAUUUAACAUUUGUAAGCAUACACACUUUAUACAGAGCCGUGAGGCGAAAAAUAAAUUAUUCCAAGAAUAAAGGAAA